AUGCAAGGAAUUGGCCAGCUACGGCAAAACGGGCUUCGUGAGCUUUGUUUGACCACAAAUGGCGUCUCACUACACCGGAAGCUAGACGAUAUGGUACAAGCAGGCCUGACGGGUGUGAAUUUAAGCUUGGAUACCCUGGAUCCCUUUCAGUUCCAGAUCAUGACCCGUCGGAGUGGGUUUGAGGCUGUGAUGAAGAGUAUCGAUCGCAUACUGGAACUAAACCGACUUGGUGCCGGCAUUAAGCUCAAGAUAAAUUGCGUUGUAAUGCGUGGAUUGAACGACCGUGAGAUUAUCCCAUUUGUCAAAAUGAGUCGUGAAAUGCCUAUUGAGAUCCGAUUUAUUGAAUAUAUGCCAUUUUAUGGGAACAAGUGGAACCGAAAGAAGAUGUUCUUAUACCAAGAGAUGCUUGCGGUUAUUAGACGUGAAUAUCUGGGAUUAAUGAAGAUUGCUGAUCAUGAAAAUGAUACAAGCAAAACACAUAAGGUCCCAGAAUUUGAAGGUCACAUUGGCUUUAUUACGAGUAUGACGCACAAUUUCUGCGGCACUUGCAAUCGACUCCGCAUCACCAGUGACGGCAACUUAAAAGUCUGUCUUUUCGGCAACUCAGAGGUAUCACUACGGGAUAUCAUACGCAAGGAAAAUCACGGGCUGCCCAUCGACAACGAGACCUUGAAAAGCCUUGGCUUUCUAGAAAGUAUGGACAACCCGUCUCGCCAUGAUGGCAAUGGGGAACCAGUCCAUGAAAGGAAACGCGAGAUUUUAAAGAUCAUUGGUAUGGCCGUGAAGCGCAAAAAGGCGAAACAUGCCGGCAUGGAUGAGCUGAAGAAUAUGAAGAAUCGCCCCAUGAUUCUUAUUGGUGGGUAG